AUGCGGCAGCUGUGCCGGGGCCGCGUGCUGGGCAUCUCGGUGGCCAUCGCGCACGGGGUCUUCUCGGGCUCCCUCAACAUCCUGCUCAAGUUCCUCAUCAGCCGCUACCGGUUCACCUUCCUGACCCUGGUGCAGUGCCUGACCAGCUCCACCGCGGCUCUGAGCCUGGAGCUGCUGCGGCGCCUCGGGUUCAUCGCUGUGCCUCCCUUUGGCCUGAGCCUGGCUCGCUCCUUCGCGGGGGUCACCGUGCUCUCCACGCUGCAGUCCAGCCUCACGCUCUGGUCCCUGCGCGGCCUCAGCCUGCCUAUGUACGUGGUCUUCAAGCGCUGCCUGCCCCUGGUCACCAUGCUCAUCGGCGUCCUGGUGCUCAAGAACGGCGCGCCCUCGCCGGGGGUGCUCGCGGCCGUGCUCAUCACCACUUGCGGCGCGGCGCUGGCAGGAGCUGGCGACCUGACCGGCGACCCCAUCGGGUACGUAACGGGCGUGCUGGCGGUGCUGGUGCACGCCGCCUACCUGGUGCUCAUCCAGAAGGCGAGCGCCGACACGGAGCACGGGCCGCUCACCGCGCAGUACGUCAUCGCUGUCUCCGCCACCCCGCUGCUGGUCAUCUUCUCCUUCGCCAGCAGCGACUCUAUCCACGCCUGGACCUUCCCCGGCUGGAAGGACCCGGCCAUGGUGUGCAUCUUCGUGGCCUGCAUCCUGAUCGGCUGUGCCAUGAACUUCACUACGCUGCACUGCACCUACAUCAACUCAGCGGUGACCACCAGCUUCGUGGGGGUGGUGAAGAGCAUCGCCACCAUCACGGUGGGCAUGGUGGCCUUCAGCGAUGUGGAGCCCACCUCUCUAUUCAUUGCCGGAGUCGUGGUGAACACCCUGGGCUCCAUCAUUUACUGCGUGGCCAAAUUUUUGGAAACCAGAAAGCAAAGCAACUACGAGGACUUGGAGACGCAGCCUGGGGGAGAGGAGGCGCAGCCAAGUGGAGACCAGCUGCCGUUCGGCUUGGAGGAGCUGCCCGCGGAGGGUGGAAAUGGCGGGUCAGAAGGUGGGAAGGUAGCAGGUGGCUCCACUCAGCAGGGUGGGCAAGAGGCGGCGAGGGGCAGCCCCAGAGGAGUCCCGCUGGUGGCUGGGAGCUCGCAGGUCUCAGACAGCCCUGAAGAAGUGAGCAAGAGGUCCUUAAAGGCUACUUACCUCGAAGUGUGGAGGUUAGUUAGGGGAACCAAGUAUAUGAAGAAGGAUUAUUUGAUAGAAAAUGAAGAGUUACCCAGUCCUUGA